AUGCAAAUCUUUGAAGAACAAUUCGUCACCCGCCCAACAAGUGAUGGACAAGUGUCCUGGCAACCCAUCUCAUCAUCGUCAAGCGAUGGCGAUGACAUGUGGGAAAUUCCAACCUUGAUAACUUCUGGCACUUUGUCCUUUGAUACAACAACGACAGACUUUGAUGAAAAUGCCAGUGUCCAAAGCAACUACACGAUAUCCCCCAACAUGAAUGGAACAACUUUUAGUUGGCCAUCCAGGGAUCUUCUCGCUUCGACAUUUACAAUGGCCACGUCCUCUGUGCACCACCAUAACAGGCAGCAUAGUAGUACAACUACGCAACAAGCACCAUCUACAACUGGCAAACGUCGAAAAGUGCUGGGUGAUCGCACAAACAAUGCACCAACAAGAAUACUACAAACAAACCCUUCAAAUUCCAGCAACAUCACCCAACAUUGA